UCCCUGCCCGCUUGUGUGGGGAACAAGAUACGCAACAUCUGGACUAAAAGGGAAUCACAUCAGUUUGGUUUUGACGUGGCCUAUUUCAAAGUUCGCGUUUAGACCGUUAUUAAGCGUUAUGUCUGCUACUUCGAUUUCAUUGGGGUGGCUUUCCUUUUGAAACGUUAAGCUUGUAGGCUACUGUGUGCAAUGUGACAUAAAGUGAUUUGACACAUUGCAACAUUUCUUCAAAUGGACCAAUCCGUCGCAAUUCAAGAGACCCUGGCGAAAGAAGAGAAUUGCCUCAUAGUAUCCUUUACGAUCUGCAUUACCUCGGUCUUGAAGCUUUCUUGUCUUACUAGAAGUUUUACUAGUGACGUAGGCGUUCCCCCAAUCCGUUUGGUUUACGAUCGCUGUUUAAUCAGGUCUCUAAAUACAUUUUGACCAUGCUAAAGUUCAGUGUUGAACUUAAAUUAUUAUAGUAGCCUAUUUACUUCAAUAUUUAAUGGUAGCCCAUUUGAACAUUUGGUCUUUGGUCAAACCUGCACUAACGCCUUGACACCACAAGAUGACGCAAAGCCCCUUCAUUAACGCAAAGCCCCUGCACUGGCAUUCUCUGUUUGGCUGACUGCAAUGUAACAUAGGACUGCUGCCAGUGCCUAUUCGUUGGAAAUAAGUCGUUGUGUACCCCACCCUUUACUAAACAUUUACUAAACUGCGUGAACAUGCAGUGCAAUGUAUGGUCGAUUUGGGAGAAGUCAGAGAGAGCCGCCUCCUUGGUUUGGUGGAGUGUGCCAAGGAACAUGCGUAAGUAGCAAAGUACCACUGUCCAUUGGAAGUCCUGUUUCUCGUGAGACUCCAAGGUUGACACAAACAUCUGUCAGAAAUCUGCCUGAAAUCUGCUCUUCAAUAGUUAUUGCACCUAUAGAUUUGCACUAGUUAUAUAAUAAACCUAUAUUCUUAUUCAAAGACCAAAAAAACGCGUUCACCACUCAAAACCAACCACAUUAGGCCGACAUUAAUUGCUCAAUAGUAAAAAAAAAAAAAAAUGCUUUUAAAUAGUUAUCUUACCAUCAUUUACAAAGCACAUUUUCAAAUAGAUAAUAAUUUUAAAGAUACAGGAAAUUUACAUUAAAUAACUGCGAAAACAGUGCCACUGUAGAAAACAUUUAAAGGUCAAGAGGAUAAAACACACACACACACUGGAAUCCCACAUUUGUACCGGUGCAAAAUUUAUUAACGGCUGAAUUGUUUUGUUUUCAGGCUGUUUAUUUACACUCACAGACGGAUGGCCAUCACCGCCGAUGAUGUCUCCUUGGAGGACAUUUUCCCCGUCUCCUGCCACUUUGAAGUGGUAGAAGUAUCUUCACCCGAUGAGCUGGCUAUUGUGGGUGCAGACAUCAGGAUAAGGGUGAGCUUCCAGCAGGAAGUGCUGGCACUCUCCCUUCCUUUUGGCUCCCAUUCCCGCUUCUUCCUCAGGGAACUGAACAAGGCCUGGAGUGAUGUUUGCAAGUCCUCAUCACAUGUCCCAAAGUUUGAAUGGCUCCACAAGCACAGCAAAACCACUGGAGGACAGGCAGUCAUCAAAAAGUCCCAUGUCCCCCUCGGAGUUAGGAUGUCUCUACUCCAGCAGAAAACAGGAAAAGGGUUGAGGCCAGAGAAGAAAGGAUCGGCGGAGGAGGGGCUGCGGUCACCGGUGGAACUAGAGAGGUCCAGAGGCCCGCCCAUCCCCGAGAGUGAGGGUGGAGCGGGCCGGGAGGGUCGGGAUGACAUGGUGCGCUCUUCCUCCCACACCCCGGCCAAUAAGGCCCAAAUGCUGGCCAUGCCCAAGUUCGGCCUGCGGGACAACCUCAUCCGCUGUGAGCUGCUGAAGAGCGAGGACCAGUACACGCACCUCCAGAACUUCAGUUUCUUCCUGGCCACCUACAAUGUGAACGGCCAGCCCCCAAAGGAGAGCCUGGCUCCCUGGCUGAGCUGUUCCACCAGCCCCCCGGAUGUGUACUGCGUGGGGUUCCAGGAGCUGGACCUGAGCAAGGAGGCGUUCUUCUUCAACGACACUCCCCGGGAGCCAGAGUGGAUGCGGGCCGUGUCCGAGGCACUGCACCCCGACGCCAAGUAUGCUUUAGUGAAGCUGGUGCGGCUGGUGGGCAUCAUGCUCCUGGUCUACGUGAAGCGGGAACACGCUGAAUUCCUCUCCGAGGUGGAGGCCGAGACGGUGGGCACCGGCAUCAUGGGCCGCAUGGGAAACAAAGGUGCCGUGGCUAUCCGUUUCCACUUCCACAACUCUGAUGUGUGUGUGGUGAACUCUCACCUGGCCGCUCAUAUUGAGGAGUAUGAGAGGCGUAACCAGGACUACCGCGACAUCUGCAGCCGCCUGCAGUUCAGACUGCUAGACCUCAGCCGCCCUCCACUCAACAUCAUGAAGCACAAUGUGGUGCUGUGGGUGGGAGACCUCAACUACAGGAUCAGUGAUCUGGACGUGGACCAGGUCAAGGAGCUGAUCACCAAGAACGACUAUGAAACCCUCCACAACUAUGACCAGCUGAAGCGACAGCUGGAUGAGGAGGCGGUGUUUGAGGGCUUUAUCGAGGGAGAGAUCCAGUUCCAGCCCACCUACAAGUACGACACAGGCUCCAACGACUGGGACACCAGUGAGAAAUGUCGGGCCCCUGCAUGGUGUGACCGGAUCCUGUGGCGAGGGAAGAACAUCACGCAGUCUAGUUACCAGAGUCACAUGACCCUGAAGACCAGCGACCACAAACCAGUCAGCUCACUGCUUCAGAUAGGGAUCAAGGUAGUGAACGAAGAGGCCUACAAGAAGAAGUUUGAAGAAAUCGUGCGUACGAUAGACAAGAUGGAGAACGAGUGUAUUCCAUCUGUGACGCUGUCUAGGAGAGAGCUCCACUUCCAGGACGUGAAGUACAUGGAGCACCACACGGAGAGCCUGACGCUGUACAACGACGGCCAGGUGCCCUGCCAGUUUGAGUUCAUCAAGAAGCUGGACGAGCCCACCUACAGCAAGCCCUGGCUCACCGCCAACCCCCCCAAGGGUUUCCUGGCACAGGGGGCUGAGGUGGACAUCGACCUGGAGGUGUUUGUGAACCGCGCCACGGCCCCGGACCUCAACCUGGGCCUCGAGCAGAUCGAGGACAUCCUGGUGCUGCACCUGGAGCGCGGCAAGGACUACUUCCUCUCCGUGUCAGGGAACUACCUGUCCAGCUGCUACGGGACCCCCAUCACCACGCUGUGCCAGCUGAGGGAACCCAUCCGAGACAUGCCGCUGCCCACGGUCCGAGCUCUGUCAAAGGGUGGGGAGAAUCCCGAGGUGGGGGAAAAGCCACUGGGCAUCCCUAAAGAGAUUUGGAUGAUGGUGGACCACUUAUUUCGCAACGCAAUCAAACAGGAGGAUCUGUUCCAACAACCCGGCCUCCGCAGUGAGUUCCAGGAGAUCAGGGAUUACCUGGACACAGGUGUACCAGACUCACUCCCUGGCAGUAACCACUCUGUGGCUGAGGCCCUGCUCCUCUUCCUGGAGUCCCUCCCAGAACCUGUGGUGCCCUACUCCUUAUACCAGCAGUGUCUGGACUGCUGCUCCAGCCCCAUGCUCUGCAAGAAGGUAAUUUCCAAACUACCUCAGUGCCAUAAAAACGUGUUUGACUAUCUUGCUGCCUUUCUCCGCGAGCUGUUGAAGAACUCCGAACACAACCAUCUGGACGUCAAUAUAUUAGCCACUAUAUUUGCCUCCUUGCUUCUGAGAUCCCCGAUCACGCAGGACCUUGCAGAGAAGAGGAAAGCUCAGGAGUUCUUUCAGCACUUUCUGGUCCAAGAAACAGUUCAAGACUGAACAUCUCUGCCAAUCAUUCCCUAUCGCAUUACUAAUACUUACAAAAUAUCUAUGUACAGCCCAGUAUUUCUAAUGAAGUAUGACAUUCCCUAUAUUAGUUGUUGACUCAUUGUAUAGACAGUACACAUAAUAAGUUUCAGUUGAUUUCAGUAUAUUUUAUGUUUUUUAAUUAUAAAUUGACCGAUUUUCUUUUUGAAGAUCAACAGCAGCUGUUGGGAAUCCUACGUUUUUUUUAAAUGUAUAUUAUCAUUUAUUUAAACAAAAAUAAAAGGAAAAUUAUUUGUA